AUGCGUCAAACCCGAGUCAUAUCCAUCCAGCUCCCUUGGAGAGGACUAAGCGGAACAAUCUCCGAAAAUAUCGGCCAGCUCAGAGCCCUUCGUCGUCUUAGCCUCCACGACAAUUUUCUCUCCGGCCCCGUGCCCGAAUCCCUCGGCUCUCUCCCUAACCUUAGAGGCAUACAUUUGUUCAAUAACCGCCUCUCGGGCUCCAUUCCUCCUUCCAUUGCUGCUAACUGUUUGCUUCUUCAAACGCUCGAUCUUAGCAACAAUCGGCUAACGGGUUCUAUUCCUCCGAACCUCACUAACUCAACCAGGUUGUAUAGGCUUAACUUGAGCUUCAACGAGCUGUCGGGCUCGAUCCCCGUGAGCCUAGCUCGACUCGAGUCUCUCACUUUUCUUUCUCUUCAGAAUAAUAAUCUCUCGGGUAGAAUCCCAGACGAAUUAGGCAGUCUUUUUCGACUAACGUCGAUUGAUUUUUCGAGAAACAAUCUCAUGGGUGAAAUUCCAGCUUCAUUGGUUACAUUAUCAAAUCUAUCUUCUUUUAAUGUUUCGUACAAUAAUCUAUCCGGCCCUGUCCCUUCAUUUCUAGCUAAGAAGUUCAACUCGACCUCGUUUGUUGGUAACGUUCAGUUAUGUGGAUACACUGGCUUGAAGCUAUGUCCUUCUCCAGGACCUGAUAAUAAUAGUUCAACUUCCUCAUCCCAAACGGGCCUCAACCAUCAAAAUCGUCGAACAUUAAGCACGAGGGAUGUUAUUCUAAUAGCAGCUGGUUCCCUUUUAAUUGUUUUACUAAUAAUCCUCUGCUGUGUGCUUCUCUGUUUCUUGAUCAGGAAAAGGGCAGCCUCAAAGGCAGCUAGCAAGGGCAAACCAAGAACUUCAGCCCCAUCCAAGCCAGUCAUGGAAACGGGAGCAGAGGCCGCCGGGCCGAGCCUCGACAAUGGGGGCAAAUUAGUCCAUUUCGAUGGCGACAUUAUAUUCACCGCUGAUGAUUUGUUGUGUGCUACUGCAGAGACUAUGGGAAAAAGCGUUUACGGGACGACUUACAAGGCGACUUUGGAGGAUGGAGAUAAUACAGUUGCGGUCAAGAGGCUGAGGGAGAAGAUCACAAAGCCACAAAAGGAGUUCGAGUCUGAAGUCUCGUUGCUCGGGAAAAUCCGGCAUCCAAAUAUCUUGGCUCUGAGAGCUUAUUACUUGGGACCUAAAGGCGAGAAGCUUCUGGUCUACGAUUAUAUGGUUAACGGGAGCCUUGCAUCUUUCCUUCAUGCUAGAGGACCUGAAACGAGCGUCCCGUGGCCCACGAGAAAGGCGAUAGCCGUGGGAAUAGCCCGCGGGCUAUCUUUCCUCCACACGGAGCAAAACAUCGUGCACGGGAACCUCACGUCAAGCAACAUUCUACUCGACCAGCACAACUGCCCGAAAAUUGCUGAGGUCGGCCUCUCCCGCCUCGUCACCAGCGCCAAUAUCAUCGCGACAGCUGGCGCAAUGGGUUACCGGGCCCCAGAGCUUUCGAAACCGAAGAACUCGAGCGCCAAAUCAGAUGUCUUCAGCCUUGGCGUGAUCUUAUUGGAGCUCCUGACCGGAAAAUCUCCGGGAGAGACGGGGGAAGGGCCCGACUUGCCCCAAUGGGCCGCAUCUACCAUGAAGGAUGAGAGCGCCAGUCGAGUAUUUGAUGGUGAGCUGUCAAGGGAUGGCGCAGAUGGAGAUGAAUUGCUCGGUGCUUUGAGACUGGCGUUGAAUUGUGUGGACCCUUCGCCUGGGGUCAGGCCCGAGGCCCGAAAUGUUCUGCAAGGCCUGGAGGAGCUGAGGCCGAAAGAAGAAGUUGUGGUUAGGCCGGCUUCCGGGGAUGUUUGA